AUGGCGGCGGUGUUGGCACGCUCUCAGUAUUCAGUCCGUCUCUGCAGUGAUGUCUCAGCUCAGCAGGUUCGGCUCUGCAGAGGUAUCACUGCCAGCUUUGCCAUGUGAAACUCCAAACCGAGCCCCCAUCUGCAGCUGUUUUAUCAGCUGGAAACACUCAGAGUGAGGACCAGAGUUUUUCUGUCCAAAAUCAAUGAGGACUGACCCUCUCUGCUUGAUCCAGCUCAAAACAAGGAAGGUGCCAGAGCAGACGAGUUAACUAAUCCACUUCUGAUGGAGUCUGUCAAAGCAGCGGCCUGGAAACGCUGGAAGGACUGGGGUUUUUCUUCAGAGGGAUGGGGAGCUAAUGACAUGACAUCCCGCACACCCAAAGGCAAACAUGAUUUUAUUUACAGCUGCUAUCUCUGUCAUCUGAAGUCGUAUUUGAGGGACAGGUUUGCUGUGAUGUUCCUUCACAGGGUUGACGACACGGCUUUCAACGAGCAGCCCAGUAAAAUCACCGCCGUUAGAUUGUUAUCACAAAGCAGGGGCAAAAAAAAUAAAUAA